AUGUGCCGCGGCGAGGUCACGAAGCAUGCGAAGGAAGUGCUCAAUUUGCUCCCGGGCUCCUGGAAGGGCAGUCCGCGGCCGCGCACGCUGCGCGUCGAGGCGGACUGGGUGACCUGCACGCAAUGACCCCACGGGUUCAUCGGGAAGAAGAACGUGCAGCUGGGCCUCAACAUGUUCCACGAGCGCCACCCGGACGUCGGCCUCCUCCUAAACGUGACGCGCCACCCGUACUCGUUCAACGGCGACAGCCGGCGGGGCUCGCUCGCGGGCCACGGCACGAAGGAGGGCAACGAGCCGACGUGGCACGACUCCUUGCUGGGCUACUGCGGCGGCGACGCCGCGCGGCGCGCGGCCGCGGAGGACGGCAUGCGCAUGCUCGGGCGUCGAGCGGGCAUCGAACUCGACUACGGCGUCCAGACGAACUGGCAGCCCAUCGACUCGCAGCGGUCCAUGCUCUGGGCGCGGCGCUUCGGGCUGGCCGAGGAGUUCAUGGACCAUCUGGGCCACCGCCACUUCGAGCAGCGCAAGAGCGCGAGCCACCGCGCGACGCUCCUCGACGCCGCGGCCGCGUCCGGCCUCGACGCGUCCGCGCUCGGCGAGUUCCUCGACUCCGACGAGCUCGUCGCCGACGUCUGGACGAGCUACGGCUCGACGAUCCACGAAAAAGGCAUCAACCAGCGUCCUGUGGCGCUGACGAUUUUCGAAGAUUUUUCGGGAAAACGAAGAAAAAUCGUUACCGACAUGCUUGGUAGGCAUCAACGCCAUCCCCUACUUCGUCUUCGGGCCCGUCGGCAUGCGGUCGCCGUUCCGGAGCGGUCCCCGCGCGGCGACGACCGUCAACGGCUCGGGCAACCCGGACGAGUUCCUCCGGGUCUUCGAGGACCUGCUGGCCCGCGAGCUGCCGGCGGACAUCGGCGCCCUGUCCGUCAAGCAGCUCCGGAGCGCCUGCAAGGACCGCGGCAUCAACACGGUCGGCUGCAGCGAGAAGGGCGACCUCGUCGCGCUCCUCGCGGCGUCCCGCUGAGCGGCGCCCGGCCAUUCGUCGCCCCA